AUGAAGGACACAACUGUACCUGCACUUCUUCCCACUAAUGUUUCCCAUACUUCUUAUGUUGACUAUGAGACUGAUGAGACCCUGCGGAGAAAUAUGAACAUUAUCUCUAUGGUAAUCUACAGCCUUGCUUUUGUUCUGGGAGUCAUUGGUAAUGGGUUGGUCAUUUUCAUCACUGGUUUUCGCAUGAAGAAGACAGUGAAUACUGUCUGGUUCCUCAACUUGGCCAUUGCUGACUUCACCUUCACGCUCUUUCUGCCCCUGAGCGUUGCCUACGUAGCCCUGGAAUUUCACUGGCCAUUCGGCCAGGCCAUGUGCAAGCUCAACAGUGCGCUAGCCUUCCUCAAUCUCUACGCCAGUGUCUACCUCCUCAUGGUCAUAAGCAUCGACCGUUGCAUUUCUGUCAGGUACCCCGUGUGGGCUCAGAAUCAUCGAACCCCUCGGCUGGCUUCCUUUGUGUCCUUGGGUGUUUGGAUCAUGGCUCUGUUGUUGUGUUCUCCAAACCUUCAUUUCAGAACGACAGCCCCGGACCUAUAUGAUGAGAAUGUGAUCAACUGCUACAGUAAUUAUGGCAACCACACGGAGCAAAUUAAAAGCAGACACCAUGGUAUGAUCAUCAGCCGGUUCAUCUUUGCCUUCAUCAUCCCCUUUACUGUCAUUGUGGUCUGCUAUGGGGCAAUUGUUCUGAAGCUGAGGAGGAAUCGUUUGGCCAACUCCAGCAAACCCUUCAAGGUAAUCACAGCAGUGAUUGUGGCCUUCUUUGUCUGCUGGCUUCCUUACCAUAUUUUCUCUUUCAUCGAGACCAAGGUCAUGGAGCAGCCGGAGCUGCAUUUGGUGCUCCUUAUUGGCAUUCCCUUGACGUCUAGCUUGGCUUUCAUCAACAGCUGUCUCAACCCGAUCCUGUAUGUCUUCAUGGGACACGAUUUCAAGGAGAGGCUGAGACGCUCCUUGCUUUCUGCCUUUGAGAAUGCCUUUGCUGAGGAGACCAGUCAGAGCACAGCACACACCAAAGUCAAGUCUUCCUUUGAGCUGGACUCCCAAGACCUGUAA